AAUCUCGGGUGGAGCAUCGAUUGGGCUGUUGCUUUCAUCGUCGACCAUCUUGGUGGAGGGAAGUCUUCGGACGCUGCUGAUACGCUGAAGAAUAUCCGCAUUCGGUCAGCAGGUUUUGAAAGAGAAGGCCAUUCCAAGGAGAUACCCUACCGUGUCUUCAACAAGCUUGACGAGACGCUUUUUGCUGGCCAUCUAAAGAACGCCGUUUACCUGGACAUCGGCAGCUUAGGCUCGGAUGUCUCUGGCGCAACGCACUCCCAGGGCUGGGGCCUCAACCCCAACGUCAAGCGCAUCUCCAUCAUCCUCAACAGCGACGUGCUCCAGCAUGCCAGCUCGCGUGACAUCGUCGCCGUGCUCAUCCAUCACAUGAUCCACGCCUACUUCCUUGUGGCCUGCGGUCCUCAGCAAGAGAAAGAAGUCGAAUACGGCCGCCUUACACAUGGCCUGCACUUCGGCAAGAUCAUGAUGACAAUCAAGAAGCUGUCCUCGGCGCACAGAAAGCCCCUUACCUCGUUGGACUUCGGUCACUCGCUCAACAACCGCCGGUACUGGUAUGACGAAUAUGAGCAUCCUAGGCGCAGGUCUUAUCAUCGCGCACCGAUAAAGGAGAAAUGGUACUGUAGCCAUUGCCCCUCCGAGCUGGAUGGCAUCCCCGAUCGUGACAUCGAAGACUGGUAUUCCGGCACGUGCAAGCCACUUUUCGAGCUGCCCGAGUCGCUCCGUGGCUCUACCGUGCAAAUCUACAACGACCGCCGCCACUUGCUUGAAGAGGUUCCGCGCGCAGAGGCGCCGCCAUCGACCGACUCGAACGAAUUCAUCUUUGGCGACCGCUCCAUCCUGGUCCCCGCUUCCAAAAUCGAUAAUUUCUUCAGCAUCAGGCGUGCGUUCGAAAAGGUUGGGUCCCGGUACAUGGAGCUCCACGAAGACAUCGACAAAGACACUUUUGAGCGCUUUCUCGAGCUCCUGCACACAGGCGCGUACGGGCCCGACCCUAAACACAUCCACGCCAUGGGCCGCAAAGGCCCGCCCGUCAUCAAGCCCCCCUCAGGCUCGGAACCCUAUCUCCUCACCGAUCUGAAGAUCUUCAAAAUGGGCGUCGUGAUGGGCUUCGACGAGCUCAAGGGCAUCGCCCUCGACCGCAUGUACCGGCACAGCAUCACGCACGAGGACCCCGUCGCCAUCCUCGCCGCUGUCUAUGACGGCGCUGAACCGGAUGCCGAUCUGAAGGCCUGGGCGCGCAAGUUCCUCACGCGCACGCCGACCGCGGCAGAUGGAGAAUGGGCCGGCUACGGACGAGGCGGCGCCGCAGAGCCUUCCAACCUCGCAAAGCUCGAGUGCGAUAUGCUGGGCUACAAAAUGCGCUUCUACGACUUACUCCAGGCGAGCACGGCGCUGAAAUACGAAGUCGGCAAGGCGAGGAGGGAGCUCAUGGCUCAGGGCCUGUAUGGCGUGCCGGCCAUG